UUCAGAUGUCCUGGAUAAAGGUACUCUUAGAGUAAUCUUUAAUUCAGAAACACCUCGCCUGCCUGAUGGAUCUCCACCACCUUUUUAUUCGGCGGCUGCAGCCUUGCAGUCCUUAGAUGACAGCUCUUCAUUUGUAUCUGGCAGCUCAUUUGACACAAAUAUCCUGUCUUCUUCUGAAUCAACCUCUUCACGGUCCUCCAGUUGGCCCCUGGUUUUCAACAUUCCUAAGUUUUCUUAUGAAACUGAACUACAGCUUGAAAAAGCCAACACUGCUUUCAGGGAGACUGGAGCCUUGUUGAAUCCUGAUGUAAAACUUAAAUCAGCAAUCAUGGAUGGUUUGAUGGAAACCAUUGUCAAGUACAAAGUCUACCUCUCUGAUGCAGAGUUCAAUGAGGUAGCAGAAGCUCUUAUAACAGCACACCCUUGCUUGAAAGAGCCAGGUUCCGCCAGUGGGUUUGGUUGUUGGAAGACUAGUUUAAAAUAUAAACUUGGGAACUACAGAUCCAAGCUCAGACGACUUGGAUGUCCAGAAGUGACUGUGAAUUCUCUGAAGCAAAAACCUGAUGAUCGGCGCAGUCCUGCCUAUGGUGUUAAGAAACCUAAAAAGGCUGAAGUGAAUUACUGUCCACCAUAUCCGGCAGGUGAAUCAGCUGACAGUUUGGAACAGAUGAGAGUAAAACUCCUAUCUGAAGUAAAGAUCAGAAAUAAUGAAGACAAAGUAGCUGCCAUGAUGGACAAAACAUUUGCAGUAAGACGUCUUGAGGUGGUCCAAGAUGCACCCAUGGUAGCGGAUUUCAAAGCAAGGUGGCCAGGUCUCUUUAAUGUGAGGGAGGUGAAAGCAGAAUUCAAGAGGAUAACCACAGUUGAGCUUCAAUCCAAGUUCUUUUCGCAACUUGAUGCACACUCUGAAAACUUGAUGAAAGUGUUUGCCAGAAAAGGAGGAGUCCUCUGGAAAAAGAUAAAGGCAGUGAUGCUUCCAAUGACUCGGGCAAAAUGUUAUAUUAACAAAUUUGUUAAGGACUACAAGAGCGAUGAUGAGUGCAUUGAAAGAGACCUGGCAGAAACAGUCUUUGGCAUCUAUGUGAUUCGACACAAUGUUGCAGACCCUGAUGAUGACCCUGAGGAUAUUGGAAUUGUUUUGGAGGGGGUAGAGGUACUGAGUGGUUUGAGAAAUGUUCCAUUCGCUAUGGCAAUGUUUCUCGGACUUGUGUAUGCUCUGAACAUUAGUUACCCUCCAGAAUUAAAAUAUACAUUUGAAGCUCUGCAGAAAAUCAUUAUGGAGAUGCAAGGAAACAGGUUGUCGGCCAAAGUACAAACGCUCAAGACACUGCUGGCACGUUGAUCACUGUAAAAAGUACAUCGUAAUGGCUGCCUAAUGUACUUUUUUUUUUUUCCCCCUAAAUGUUGAAAUUUCAUGUUGUACUUGAAAGCAGUAGUCAAGCCUGGAUAUGGGAGAAUUCUCGUAGUCUCACCAGUUUGUCAAAGAUUUCACAUUACAUUUUUGAAUUUUAUUGCAGUUUUGUCUCUCAAAACCGUUUAGUGUGCUGACUAGAUUUAAGAGAAACACAUGAAUAGCAGUGUAAAAUACUUAAGACUGGAUAUCCAUCC